GGCGGAGCCCCCGCACAUCCCGCGCCCCGGACUCAUUAGUAUGCAGAUUUAUGCGCAUACAUUUGCAUACACGAUGAGGCCGCGGUGAGGGAGGGAGCGGGUCGCGUUCAAAAUGGCGGAGCGCGGCGGGCGCGGGAGCGGCGGCGGCCACGGCAGCCUGGACAAGAGCAUCACCCUCCCGCCCGACGAGAUCUUCCGCAACCUGGAGAACGCCAAGCGCUUCGCCAUUGACAUCGGUGGCUCAUUAACCAAGUUGGCUUAUUAUUCAACUGUGCAGCACAAAGUGGCACGAGUGAGAUCCUUUGAUCACUCUGGAAAGGACAUAGAAAAUGAACCUUUGUAUGAAAUAUCUGUUCAGGAAGAGAUCACAGCUCGACUUCACUUCAUUAAAUUUGAGAACACUUACAUUGAAACCUGCCUAGAUUUCAUCAAAGACCAUCUUGUCAAUACAGAGACAAAAGUCAUCAAAGCUACAGGUGGUGGUGCCUAUAAAUUCAAAGAUCUUAUUGAGAAGAAGUUGGGGUUGAAGGUUGAUAAGGAAGAUGUAAUGACCUGCCUAAUUAAGGGGUGCAACUUUGUGCUGAGGAACAUCCCCCAUGAAGUGUUUGCCUACCAGAAGGACUCGGACACGGAAUUCCGGUUCCAGACAAACCACCCAAACAUUUUCCCUUACCUGCUGGUGAAUAUUGGCUCGGGGGUUUCUAUAGUGAAGGUAGAAUCAGAAGACAAAUUCGAGUGGAUUGGAGGGAGCUCAAUUGGAGGUGGAACCUUCUGGGGUCUUGGAGCACUGCUCACCAAAACAAAGAAGUUUGAUGAGUUGCUGCAGCUGGCCUCCAAGGGACAGCACACCAACGUGGACAUGCUGGUGAAGGACGUGUAUGGAGGGGCCUACCAGACCCUGGGGCUCAGCGGGAAUCUCAUCGCCAGCAGCUUCGGCAAGUCCACGACGGCAGACAAAGAGUUUUCCAAAGAAGAUAUGGCCAAAAGUUUACUGCACAUGAUCAGCAAUGACAUUGGCCAGCUGGCCUGCCUCUAUGCCAAACUGCACAACCUGGAUAAGAUCUACUUUGGAGGGUUCUUCAUCCGGGGCCACCCCGUCACCAUGCGCACAAUCACCUACAGCAUCAACUUCUUCUCCAAGGGAGAGGUUCAGGCAUUGUUCCUGAGACAUGAAGGCUACCUGGGAGCCAUUGGGGCAUUUUUAAAAGGAGCUGAACAAGACAAUCCAAACCAGUACAGCUGGGGAGAGAAUUAUGCUGGGAGUUCUGGUCUUAUGAGCACAUCACCUGAUGUUUACCCCAUGCAGAGAACACGGAGUGGUACAUUUGACAUGCUGGAAAUGGACAGGUUGGAGAGACCACUUGUGAACCUGCCACUGCUGAAAGACCCCUCCACUUACAUCCCAGACACUGUUGACCUCACAGAUGAUGCCAUGGCCAGAAAAUACUGGCUCACCUGCUUCGAGGAGGCCCUGGAUGGGGUGGCGAAGCGAGCGGCAGCCAGCCAGCCAGACUCCGUGGAUGCUCAGGAGAGAGCGGAGAAGUUCCGGCAGAAAUACUGGAACAAGCUCCAGACGCUCAGGCAGCAGCCCUUUGCAUAUGGUACCUUGACAGUGAGGAGUCUCUUGGAUACAAGGGAACACUGUUUAAACGAGUUCAACUUUCCAGACCCCUAUUCCAAGGUAAAGCAGAAAGAAAAUGGAAUAGCCUUAAAGUGUUUCCAGAGUGUAAUAGAGUCCCUGGAUUCCCUGGGCUGGGAGGAGAGGCAGUUUGCUCUGGUGAAAGGACUCCUGGCAGGGAAUGUCUUCGACUGGGGAGCAAAGGCAGUCUCAGAUGUCCUGGAGUCUGAGCCACAGUUCGGAUUUGAAGAAGCCAAGUCAAAGCUACAAGAACGUCCCUGGUUGGAAGAUUCCUACAGCCAGUGGCUGCAGAGACUGAAGGAGGGUCCUCCUCAUAAAUGUGCCUUAAUUUUCGCAGAUAACAGUGGAAUAGACAUAAUUUUAGGAGUCUUUCCUUUUGUCCGAGAGCUCCUUUCUAGAGGGACAGAGGUUAUUUUGGCUUGUAACUCUGGCCCUGCCCUCAACGACGUCACCUACAGCGAGUCCCUGAUCGUGACCGAGCGGAUCGCGGCCAUGGACCCCGUGAUCCACUCUGCCCUGAGGGACGAGAAGCUGCUCUUGGUUCAGACGGGCUCCAGCUCUCCAUGCCUGGAUCUGAGCCGCCUGGACCAGGGGCUGGCGGUGCUGGUGCGGGAGCGGAACACGGACCUGGUGGUGAUCGAGGGCAUGGGCAGGGCCAUCCACACCAACUACUACGCGGCCCUGAGGUGCGAGAGCCUCAAACUGGCCGUCAUCAAGAACUCGUGGCUCGCCGACCGCCUCGGGGGCAAGAUCUUCAGUGUCAUCUUCAAGUACGAAGUGCCAUGUAAAUGAUGGGCUGGGAGCAGCACGGGAUGGACUUGCACUAGUUUUACUUUAACUGUAAAGAAUGUAUUUUUAUUACAACAGGGAAAAGAGUUCACAGGAAAUUCCGUAUUUAUAUUGUGCUUUUGUGACUGAAAAAAGCAACAAUAUGAUUCACUCUAUAGUCUACACACUCAAAUACAUAUAUAUGUAUAUCACUCAUUGUUUAUUUUGGUAAGUGUUUAUUUUAAUGCUGCAGUAUUUGUGAUGAAAAGACUUUAUUUUUUUGUUCUGUGAGACAUUCAUAUAGAAAUAUAUUUAAAUGUCAAUGAAACCUUUUUUAUACAUCUCUGCCUACUCUGCCAGCAGUGACAGGGCACGUACCAAAUAGAUUUUAAGUGCUAAGUGAACCUGACAUUGCAUUUUCAGCUUUUAAACUUACCUAAAUCUCUCCUGCUCUGUGCAGUUCAGCUGAUGGAAGGACUGAUCCACCUUCUCCCCCACAGAUGCUGCUCAGGCUGUGUCUGAGCUGGAGCUGUUGUGGGCUGAGAUAAGAACCAGCCCUGAUUUCCCAGCACUUGCUCUCCCUGUCUGUUCCCAGGAGCAGGUGGGGACUCCCUGCUCUAGUCUUGCUGGAUUUCCACUGUCAACCCUCAUCCUCAGUAGGUUAACUAGAACUAAACAUUGUCACCAAACAGUGACCCUUAUCCUGUGCUGGGAAGGGAAAAAGGACAAGGCCGUGUCUGGAAUUCCUUAACUCCAGUGGUUCCUUAGUGGCAGGGGCUCCCCUUCCUGGGGUUGGGAUGCAGGGAGGGCCUGUUUGGGGUUACAAACAGCACUGAUUCAGGAAUGAUCUUCCCAACAACCAGCAUCUCCUGCUCAGAGAGGGAAUAGAGGCUAUUUGUAGCUGAAAUGCUUAAGCUGUUGUUGCUGAUCACAACAGUCAGGCAAGAGCUUUAAUGUUCCCAGAUUGCACCUCACACACUAAUUAGUAGCAGAGGCUUCCCAUUAACCUGUCCCCAGUCACUUGCUCCUACAGGCAUUUAUGGACUUACAGGGUAAACUCCUAACCUAGACAUGGAUCCACCACUGGCCAGCUCAGUUCC